CCAUAUUUAGACUAACAAAGAAUAAAAACCUCAUCUCUCUUUUGCAUAUCCAUUCCUCAUCACAUUCACAAAGCUUCUCUUUCUCCCAUCAGCAUAUAAUUUUCUCUUCCUCUCUUCUCGUCUGAUAGAUUUGAAGGGUAGCAAGGAGAAAUAGAGAGGCAAAUGGGAGAGAUGAAGAGUAUGCAAAUGGGUGUGAUUGGAGCCUUAUUUCUAUCUGUAGCAUCUUCUGUCUCCAUUGUCAUUUGCAACAAAGCUUUGAUGACCAAUCUUGGCUUCCCUUUUGCAACGACACUAACAAGUUGGCAUUUGAUGGUAACAUAUUGCACACUUCAUGUGGCAUAUAAACUAAGUUUCUUUGAAAAUAAACCAAUAGACACAAAGACUGUUGUUCUCUUUGGCCUCCUCAAUGGCAUCUCCAUUGGUCUUCUGAAUCUCAGCCUCGGCUUCAAUUCCAUCGGCUUCUAUCAAAUGACCAAACUUGCUAUCAUUCCAUUCACUGUACUAUUGGAAACUCUCUUCCUCAACAAGAAGUUCAGUCGGAAGAUAAAAUUCUCAUUAUUUUUGCUAUUGGUUGGGGUUGGAAUAGCAUCAAUCACAGAUCUUCAGCUCAAUUUUGUUGGUUCUGUUCUCUCUCUCCUUGCCAUCGCAACAACUUGCGUCGGCCAAAUUCUAACAAACACGAUCCAAAAGAGACUGAACGUGACAUCAACGCAACUCCUUUACCAAUCGGCCCCGUUUCAAGCCGCUAUACUAUUUGUCUCGGGUCCCUUUGUCGACAAAUACCUCACUCGCCUCAACGUCUUCUCCUUCCAUUACUCUCCUAUCGUUGUGGGGUUCAUAACGCUAUCGUGUUUAAUAGCGGUUUCCGUUAACUUCAGCACGUUUUUAGUGAUCGGAAAGACAUCUCCGGUGACGUACCAAGUCUUGGGACAUCUCAAAACGUGUUUGGUGCUUGCUUUUGGUUACACUCUCCUCCACGAUCCAUUCACUCCUCGUAACAUCGCAGGAAUCCUAAUCGCGGUCCUUGGCAUGCUUCUCUACUCCUACUUCUGCUCCGUUGCUUCUAAAUCAAAACAAGGCUCCUCCGAGUCCUCUUUUAUUGGGAAAGACAGGGAUACAACGCCGCUUUUGAGCCAAGAAAAAGAGAACCAUGAAGCCAAGAAAUUAGACAAGCAUUCUCCAGUAUAAUUGAUUACACCAUAAAAUAAAAAGUACAAGUUCUCUUUCUUUCUUUAUGGUCUCCUUCUAUAAUUCUGAUUUUUCAAUUCAUUGAUAAAGGUUUUGUAAUUGAGAAAAAAACUGAAACAACCAAUGGGCCUUUUUCUCGUACUUUUUGGGUUUUGUUAAACAUUUACACCUAUUCUCUCUAUCUUUUGAAUAUAAUACAAGGAUAUAUACACAUUUAUGGUUA